ACAUCGGUGCGCCUAGCCUGUUAGACUGUAUGCCGCUCCUAUGACGAAACCAGUUUCACGGGUAGAGAGACUGGUCCCAAGAUCGUGCAUCAGUCGCCGCCGGGACCGCGGGCCCAUCGCACCUCACGGAGCCAGUCUCGGGUUUGGCGCCCCACCUCCACGAUGAGCCUUGCAUCUUCUUUGGUAAUUCUUGACCGUUUGGUCCCGAAAUCCGAUGAUGUAUAAAGGACUACUGCUACUUCUCUUCGCCAUAAUUGCCUCUGUGCUGGCAGGCACUCCUGGUACGAUCAGCGAGCCAGCGUCUUGGACGAAGAUCGCCCCGGGUGCCACGUUCAACUUCUCGUACAACAUCCGCGCCGACUAUUGCAAGUCAAGUUAUGCAUACUCAGUUUACCUGGUCACAGAGCAGCCUUCAUCUCUUGCUCCCGCGGAUUUGUUUAUGAGUGGCUACUACUAUGGGAGGUAUGACGCAGAGAACUACCCUGCUGUCCCAUAUCCGACAAACCCGGCUCCCCCCAAUUUAACUAUGCCAGACUUCUCCCGCGCUCAAGGCGGGUUCGGUGGCGGCAAGACUGCCUCCAACGCCACAUUCUAUAUGACGGUGUUAGAAGAAUGGGACACGUGCGAGGGCACGGUGGGCAGAAUGAUUGGCAUGGCGUCCAACCCGAUUAUCUAUAAUGCCACGUCGUAUUGAAGGCAUUUCUGAUGCGCGAACAGUAAUUCGGAUGUAUCAUUGUUAUUCUGAAUCGGACUAUGGACUGCCGUCGAAAGAUGGAUUGUACACCAUUUCUUUAGGGUGGACGAACAAUUGUGGACGUUCCGAUGUGUGGCGCCACCCGUCGUAGCUGCGCUGUACUCUACUCACGCGAUACGUACCAUACUGUACUAGUAUUAGUUAAUGGACAUGGUCCGGAAAGCCGUUUCUCUCCGU